ACGUGUUUUGGUCAGGAGAGCAGAGGCUCCUCAGCGUCUCGUCCUCAGAGUUGAGUCGCGCAGCGGAAGUGUUGCAGUCUUCGGAGCAGCGGGUGUGAGUGAGACUCUUCAGCGGGGAUUCAGGCUGCAUCAUGUGGGCUCGGGGGCUGCUCGGGCUCGGGGGCUCGGGGGUCGCGGUGCGGGUUCAACGGGACGAGUUGCUGCGGGUCUUCGGGCUCGGAUGUGCGGGGAGGAGGCAGCAGCAGAGACCGGCGUCAAGUGCAGAGGCGACCUGGAAGAAGACUCAGCUGUUUGACUUCCACAGGGAACACGGGGGGAAGAUGGUGGAGUUCGCAGGCUGGAGUAUGCCCGUCCAGUACAAAGACAGCCACAUCGCCUCCCACAUGCACACCAGAGAGCACUGCUCCAUCUUCGACGUCAGCCACAUGCUGCAGAGCAAAGUCCAUGGCAAAGACAGAGUGAAGUUCAUGGAGUCUCUGGUGGUUGCAGAUGUUGCAGAACUGAAGGACAACCAGGGGACGUUGUCCCUCCUCACCACUGAGAAAGGGGGGAUCAUUGAUGACCUCAUAGUGACUAGGACAGACCUGGGCUACCUCUACGUCGUGUCCAACGCUGGCUGUGCCGACAAGGACUCAGCUCAUAUGAAGACCAGACUGGCAGAGUUCAAAGCUGCGGGUCUUGAUGUGGAUCUGGAGUUUCUUGAUGAGGCACUGAUUGCUGUGCAGGGCCCGUCCAUGUCUCGGGUUCUGCAAGAGGGGCUGAAGGAGGACCUCAGUAAACUCACCUUCAUGACCUCUGCCCUGGCCACUGUGUUUGGUGUUCCCGGCUGCAGGGUCACUCGCUGUGGAUACACUGGAGAGGACGGAGUGGAGAUCUCCGUCCCUCAGUCCAGAGUGGUGGAGCUGACGGAGAAGCUGCUGGCGAACAGCGAGGUGAAGCUGGCUGGUCUGGGCUCCAGGGACAGUUUGAGGCUUGAAGCCGGGCUUUGUCUCUAUGGCAACGACAUCGAUGAGACUACCACACCUGUGGAGGCCACCCUGGUCUGGACCAUAGGAAAACGUAGAAGACAGACGAAGGAUUUCCCUGGUGCUGACAUCAUCGUACCCCAGAUCAAAGCCAAGACGGCCAGGAAGAGAGUUGGUCUGGUGUCCACCGGCCCGCCUGUCAGACAACACACCCCCAUCCUCAGCCCCGACGGGAAGGUCAUAGGUGAGGUGACCAGUGGCUGCCCCUCUCCCUGCCUGAAAAAAAACGUUGCCAUGGGUUACGUGGAUGCUGCAUUCGCUAAGAACGGAACAAACAUCCAGGUUGAGGUCAGGAAGAAAGCAGUGCCGGCCAUCGUCAGCAAGAUGCCAUUUGUCCCCACUAACUACUACUCAGGAUAGGAGGAACAUAUACAUAGACACACACACACACACACAUACACACACACACACACACACACACACACACACACACACACACACACACACUGUAACAUUGCUCCACUCUGUCCCUUCUUAAGAAAUGCUGCCCCCUUCUGAUUACCUCCAGAAAUGCCACACCAAUGGAAGAGUGGAGAAAGUUGAUUCUCAAACUAUAAUGAAAUACAGUGUUUGUGUGUUUGUGUAUGUAUGUGUGGGUGUGUGUGCAUGUGUACACUGGUCUAAUGAGACUGUCACUCUACAUACAGUCAGUCAGUAUUCUACAUGUGCUUUUUGAAAAAAACAGAGUGUACACUAACAUGGUUUCAACUGUUAGCAGUUUAUACAUGAGAUGCGUGGAAUAAAUUAGUCUGAGAAUGAGUGUAUGACCGCAGUGUACAUGUGAACAGAUGCUCUGUAAACGUGCUUCAUAUACCAAGUUCAACACCAAGUAUUAAGAUAACUUUUUGAUGUAGACUAUAGGUUUUUCUAAUGAAUUAUGAUACAAUUUUCAUCUGUCGCAGCUGGACCAAAAUAAAAUAAAAUCAAAAUGUGUUUUUUAUACAUUAAAUCAGCAUUUUUAUUUUUUUUAAGGUGUUUAAAAUGUAUGUAGGCCAGAUUUCUAUUGACAUUACGGUUAGUUUGAUUAAAGGGGCAAAACGGAGCCAGCUCGUUAUCCUGUCAACUCUUAAGUCCCCCACCCCCCCUUGAGAAUGUGCUAAUCAACACAAACAUGUAAGUCCAGUUUGCGGAGUUGGCUUUUUGUGUUAAUGAGCAGAUUUUCUGUAAUGAUCUUGUCUGAUGGAGUUCUGUUUUUCUCUGUUGAUUUGAACAAUCACCAGAUCUCCUCAUAUAAACUCCAAGUUUACUCCAGUGGUGAAAGUCUAACUUAGUUUAAAAGAUAUUAAAUGUGUUUUCUAUCUGAAUACUGAUAGAGUGCAAUUUCUUUAUUAAACUUGGACAUUGACUUUUGACUUUUUGUGGAUCACUUAAUGUCUUAUUUUCUUAAAAUAAUGAUAACUAAAUAUAGAAAUACUAGUAUUGCUUGAAAGUGCACUAUAUGUAUGAGUGUGGAUUUUAAUAUCAACAUUUUAAAAUAACUUUUCCUCAAUAAAGGCAAUUUUUUCUGCA